AUGAGUCUGUUCACGUUAGCCAGACAAACAAUCAGCAAGUCUCUUUUCAAACCUGCACUUGUUUGUGUUUUUGUUUCCUGUGUUUGGUUCUACCUUCGAUUGACCCCGCCUCAGCCUAUCACAUCUCGAGCUAUGCAUAUUCAGUCGAUUCCUAUGUGGGAGGGUAGCGGUAACAACUACGCCUACCUUGUUGUCGACGACAAGUCCAAGGAUGCUGUGAUCAUCGACCCCGCAAACCCAUCGGAAGUACUGCCUGUGCUCAAGAAGCAAGUAGACAGCGGUGCUAUCAACCUCAAGCACAUCAUCAACACUCACCACCAUCACGACCACGCCGGCGGUAACGUCGAAAUGCUCAAGACAUAUCCCCUCCCCAUCAUCGGAGGAAGAGAUUGCAGCAGAGUAAACAAGGUACCUGCACACGGCGAGACCUUCAACAUCGGUGACAUCAAGGUCAAGGCAUUCCAUACUCCUUGCCACACCCAGGACAGUGUCUGUUUCUUGUUUGAGGAUGGCGACGACAAGGCUGUCUUCACCGGCGACACUCUUUUCAUCGGCGGUUGCGGCCGCUUCUUCGAGGGCAAUGCCGAGGAGAUGCACAAGGCUUUGAACAAGACCCUUGCUGCUCUUCCCGAUGACACCAAGGUCUACCCUGGUCACGAGUACACAAAGGCCAAUGUCAAGUUCGGCAUCAAAGUCCUACAAAGCGAGCCCGUCAAGAAGCUCGAGGCUUUCGCCAACGCCAAUAAGCAGACCCAAGGAAAAUUCACCAUUGGUGAUGAAAAGGUGCACUCAGAGGCUGAUUCAUGUACCACACAGCUUCACAACGUUUUCAUGAGACUUGAUGACCCUGUUGUUCAGAAGGCCACUGGCAAGACUAACCCCGUUGAUGUCAUGGCCGCUUUGAGAGAGAUGAAGAACAACUCUUAG